AUUUUCAAGCCAUUUAAAUUUACGUGCAAAAUGGCCACGCAGGUAGACUUGGUUCGCGUGAAAGUAGAAAAUAAGAUAAAGGAAAGCUUGGAAAGGCAGGGCAAAGACAAGAAAAAGAAGAAGAAAAAAAGAGAAUAUUCUCCAUCUGAUGACAAACACCAGAGAUCCGAAAAGGAGAUAAAAAAGGCGAAGCUCCAUCAUUACAAUCAUCAGCAGCAUGGAUUGUCGCGGCUACAACACCCGGAUACACAACCACAGCUGCAACGGCAGACCCACACUCAACCGCGCACCUUCAUCAAGGAACAAGUGCCCGUCCAGCACCGACAACACCACCACAACAAUGACAACCACCACCAUCAUCACCACGGAAUACAGAGAGAUGGAGCGAUGGUUUGGCCGAAGAUUACGCCGACCAAACUCCAGAAGCCGCCCGCGCCCACGGUCCUGCCUUCCCCGCCGCUCUUCACUUUUACGCCCCUGAAAGUAGCCAAGGCCAAGAGUCUCACCAGCAACAAAGAAAAGCAAAGCGAAAGCCAAAUCAAAGUUAAACCUAAGAACGAAAAUACUGAUGGGAACAUGAAGAUUGAAAUGUGCAAAAAGAAAAAGAAAGAAGCACGAGAUGAGAAUGGCAAGGUGCGUCUGAAAGAGGAAGAGGAGUACCUGCUCAAGCGCAAGAGGAGGAAGAAGAAGCACCGUGAGGAGGAGCGCAGCAGCAGCAGCGGCAGUAGUGGCGGCGGCAAGCGUGUCCGCAUGCACGACAAGGAGGUGCAGACGGAUCUGGAAACGGGUGUCUCGACACAGACCGACCCCCAGGCCCAACCCAAACCUGACCCCGACCACGAGUCCCAUCCUCAGCCCUUCCAGUCCCACCAGGAGCACUCCAUCCGGCUGAUGGCGCUGCCCAGUGCCCGCUUCGCUGGCCUCAUGCACGAGGAGCUGCAGCCCAAUGGUGGCGGGCGUAUCCUGCACGCCUAUGCCGACGAGCUGGACCGCCUGCAACCCGAUGAGCUGGAGGCCUUCGCCCAGGACUUCCUGGAGCGGGCCUUCUCGGAGCGGACUGGUGCUGCCCGCUACGCGCUGGCCGUGGUGCAUGGGGCGGCCACUUACAUGCCCGACUUCCUGGAUUACUUUGCCUUCAAAUUCCCCAACACACCCGUCAAGAUGGAGAUCAUGGGCAAGAAGGACAUUGAGACCAUCACCAUCGCUCACUUCCACUCACAGGUGAACAGGACGUACUGCUCAGGUACUUACCGCUCGGGGGCCAUGCGGCAAAUCAGCCUGGUGGGUGCUGUGGACGAGGAAGUGGGUGAUUAUUUCCCAGAGUUCCUGGACAUGCUGGAGGAGUCCCCCUUCCUAAAGAUGACUUUGCCCUGGGGUAGUCUGUCCAGUCUGAAGCUGGACUGCAGGUCUCAGAGUGAUGACGGUCCCAUCAUGUGGGUGCGGCCCGGGGAGCAAAUGGUGCCCACAGCGGACGUGCCCAAGUCACCCUUCAAGCAACGCAGGUCUGUGAGCGAGUUGCGGGCGCUGCAGUACGUGCGUCGGGCGUGUGAGCGGCGGGAGGUGUUGUUUGAGGACCGCACGCGAGCACAUGCUGACCACGUUGGCCAGAGCUUCGACUGGAGGAGCACAGCAGCCGUCGGAGUCCUCAAGGCUGUGCAGUUCGGAGAGUGGAGCGAACAGCCCCGGGUCACCAAAGACGUGGUGUGCUUCCAGGCUGAGGACUUCAACGAGGUGGUGCAGAUGCUGCAGCUUGACCUCUACGAGCCACCCGUGUCGCAGUGUGUGCAGUGGGUGGAUGACGCCAAGCUGAACCAACUGCGCCGUGAGGGUGUCCGCUACGUGCGUGCCCAGCUGUGCCACCAGGAUAUCUACUUCAUCCCGCGCAACGUCGUCCACCAGUUCAAGACUGUCUCGGCCGUCUGCAGCCUGGCGUGGCACAUCCGCCUCAAGCAGUACCAGCCUGAGCCCCCCGCCGCCAGCAACGACACUGGCCAGACAGGACACUCGGAGGACGACCACACGUGGCAGCCGAAGGCCAAUCUGGAUAUGCUGUCGAAGGCCUGGGCUGAGGAGAACUCGGAUCCAGCGCCGAAAGACUCGCUCUCCCCCUCAGAAUGACCUCCCCGUAUCCCAAAACAUCUCUAUGCGCCAAAAUCAAUAGGGGUGUGUGGGGGGGGAAACUCUUAAAAGACUAAACUCUUAGAUGUAUAAUACUUCUAGUAUGGUGAGAUUUUUAAGUUUUUAUUUAUUUAUUUUUUAUUUGCAUUGCAUUGAAUUGUCCCCCAGAAGCACUGUCUUGAUUCCUCUCAAGCCAAAGUGUGUGUCACUUUAGAAGCUUGUGUCGGUGAGGUGAGAUGAAGUGAGGUGAGGUGCUUGACGUUGACAUGGCAUCCGAGGAACGCAAUGCAUCAUGGGACUCGGUUACACUGAGAAGUGCCUAUCCCUUCACUGACAGCCCCAUUCAUGUCUCAUUUCCUGGCUGCCUGAUGAUAGAGAACGAGAGGAGAUGGCUUGUCUGACCGGUAGAUUUAAGUUUUAACCAGAGCUGACACCAAUAAUGUCCUCCUGAGCUGGAGGAGGCAGAGGAACAUUGAUGCUUUUCUUCUGCUAGAAAAGACCAAUAAAAGCAGAGCUAUUCCUUUCUGAGUUAGCUGAGGUAAAGUGCACAGUAAAAGAGUCCUCGACACUCAGAUCUGCUGCCACUGCACAGUUAUGGCUUGGGGUGAUGGCUUUUGUGUUGGUGGUAUUGCUUCUGUACUUGGCAGAGUCCUAUGAGUUUUUAAGGAAAUAUAGUGACUGAAUUGUGUGUGUGUGUGUGUGGGGGGGGGGGUUGCUUCUUGUUGUUUGUUUCUCUCUGCGGCCGGGAGUUGGUGCUGAACCCCCAUUCUGACCACAUCAUGUGGCUUCUAGUGUGCAAUUUUGAGUGUAUUUAUAUAUAGAAAGAUAUAUAUAUAUAUAUAUAAUAUUUAUUUGUAAACAUCCAGGCAUUACUGUAUAUCUAAGCAGCGGUAUCUGAUGUCUUGAAGUGUUCUUCCAACAAGAAUUCAUUUAUCAGACAUCUUAAUCCAAAGCAUAGCGCAGUACAUAUAAAUUGUACCUCUCAUCUGUACUUAUGAUGUGUGAGUAUUGAACUUAGUCAAUUGGCAUCUCUACAGCUUACUUCCCCAGCUGAACAAGAGGAGCACCAAAAUAGAUCUGUGUUGUUUUGGUUUUGAAUUAUCCAUUUACAGGAAGUGUCUCAUUUUCACCUAAAAAAAUUAAGACCAUUUUAGAAAUAUUUUCUCAUGAUCAUAAUACCCAUAUGAUUUUUUUUUAUGUAUUCAAUCAACUAAAUCAGAAGCGAUUUUGAUAAUAAUGAUGAUAAUUUUUAUAAUGUUAUAACGUGUGUUUUAAUAUGGUAAGAUACAAUUUCUUUUGUGAGGAUUUCUCUCAAUGCACGAAUUUCAUCAAAAAGUUUUGGUGGUAAAUUUUAGCGGCUGUUUCCUAGUAAGACAGACUCCUUGUGUGUGUGUGUGUGUGUGUGUGUGUGUGUGUGUAUAAAGCUUCAGACCAGUCACUCCAGUCCAGACGACAUCAAACAACUAAUGCCAAUCACCCUGAACUGAAAACAGGAAUUUGAAUCCACAAAAGGUCAGACCAACCAAGUCCACAUAAAAUCAAACUGUUAACACACAUAAGAUCAGACCACUAAAGGUAUAGCUCACUAUUCUGUGAAAUAUUGUUGAUAUUUGAGUUCGACAGCCAAUCAAACUACAUUUCACAUCCACAAAAUCUGAAAAUUUGUGUGAAAAUUAUAUAUAUUUUUGUUUUGAACUGUAAACAAAAUGGCAAGCAACAAGGCAAUAGCCAUGAACUUUUGUAUCUGCUUGCCAAAUAUGAACAUACCUCGGGCUAUAGGCUAAACACACCACUAAUCUUGUUUCGUAGUAGACCCGUCUACCCAGUGUCUCAUCCAAAUUGAGCUUGUAAUCCACAAAAUCUGACCCCAUAGCAACAGGUCAGCACUGCACUGGCAAUACAAUUUCCAACGGUGACCUUGUGACCUUUCCUGAUGUGGUCGGGAGUAAAGUGGGCUAUCAACCCUCAGCAGCUUCACGUACCUCCACAAUAUGAUCAUGUCUGUGUGAACUUGCAAUAAUCAUAGGUGUGCUCACGUGACAUUGUCUGAUCUUUGGAUUUAAGGAGUUUCAACUGGACCAUGUGCUUUAGGUUGCGAUUGCUCUGUGGAGUAAACUCUAAGCUGUUGGAAUUAUUACCAUAGGGGAUUUCACUUCAGUCCAUAUAGAUGACUGGGGACAAAAUACUUAGACCUAGAGUCCUUGUCCCCUCUUUCUCGGGCAGCUAACUUAGUUGUUUUGUAAUGUUGUUCUUGCCAUUGGACUAUUUGUGUUAGCAGAGUGUGUGCCGGAGGUGUGGAGGCAUUCUGUGUGUGUGUGUGUGUGUGUGUGUGUGUGUGUGAACAAAAAUUAAAGAUCUCAUUGACGUUUGUA